AUGGAGUUCGCCAUGCUUUCCAUCCGCCCUCUCCUCUCGAAGCUGGGGGACCUGCUCGCAGGCGAGUUCGCCCUUGAGAAGCGUGUGAGGAAAGGCGUCGAGUCUCUUAGCAAGGAGAUGUUGCUGAUGCAGGCUGCCCUUGGCAAGGUGGCGAAAGUGCCGCCCGAGGAGCUCGAUGAGGAGGUCAAGAUCUGGGCAGGAAUGGUAAGGGACCUGGCCUACCAAAUGGAAGACAUCGUCGAUGUCUUCAUUGUGUGUGUGGGUGAUUUAUCUGCCAGCCCAAAGAAUAGAGUGAAGAAGUUUCUUAAGAAGACAUGCAAGUUAUUCAAGAAGGGCAUAGAUCUUCAUCGAAUCUACGAUGCUCUAGAAGAAGCAGUUACUCGGGCUAAGCAGUCGGCUGAGCUGCGCCAAAGGUACGAGCUCGAGACACUGAACACCCGCAUUGGUGCUAGCAUUGAUCCUCGCACCAUAGCUCUGUACACAGAUGUGAGAGAGCUUGCCGGCAUUGAAGAACCACGAGACGAGUUGAUCAACAAGUUACUUCAAGGUGAUGAUUGGUCGAAGAAUCCGUUGAAGACAGUCUCUGUUGUUGGAUUUGGUGGGUUAGGCAAGACAACCCUUGCUAAAACAGUGUAUGACAAGAUCAAAGUGCAAUUUGAGUGUAGUGCUUUUGUUUCGGUUUCUCGGAAUCCCAACAUGAAAAAAAUCUUGAAGAAUAUCCUUUUUGAGCUCGACAAGAAAAUGCAUUCAAACAUACAUAAUACGUCACGAGAAGAAAAGCAUCUCAUCGACGAACUCAUUGAAUUUCUUAAUGACAAAAGGUACCUCAUCGUAAUUGAUGACAUAUGGAAUGAAAAUGCGUGGCAAUUUAUCAAGUGCGCUUUCUCCAAGAAUAGUCUUGGAAGUCGAGUAAUCACGACAACCCGCAUCUUCAGUGUCUCUGAAGCAUGUUGCUCUUCUGCUGGUGAUAUUUAUAGGAUGAAACCUCUUUCUGAUGAUGUCUCAAGAAGGCUCUUCUAUGAAAGAGUAUUUUCUUCCGAUAAAGGAUGUCCUCAUGACUUGAUGGAAGUAUCUAAACACAUCUUGAAGAAAUGUGGUGGAAUACCAUUAGCCGUUAUUACUAUGGUAUGGAAAUGUGGUAGAACUUUGGCAAAAUCCUUAAGUAAUCUGCACAAGUUGGAAGUUCUACAGAAUUAUGUCAAAGGUGGAUGCGUUGAUCUCAUGCGCGAAGGCUGGGUUCCCUCUCCAGAAAUCCAUAGAUUACGGAUUAUCGGUUGCUCAUUGCAGACACUGUCGGCAUGGAUUAAUCCUUCAUCAUCGCUUCCGCUCCUGUCCUAUCUAGCAAUAACAGUGAGUGAAGUGCGAUCAGAGGACACUCAACUUCUUGGGAUGUUGCGUGCCCUUCGUUAUCUCGAUCUACGUGUUGAGGGCAACUUCUCAGGAGAGAAUCAUGUGGUGGAAAUAAUGUCUGUUGUCACCAAUGCAUUUCCAUGUGCAACAGAGUGCUACUUUGUGGGAAUUGUGUCUGCGCCAUCUAUAUUUCCGCAAGGAGCGGCGCCAAGGCUUAAAGAACUUUGCUUCGACUUCCCAGCUAUGUGGAUCGGCCGUGCCGAUUAUAAUUUAAGCAUGGGGCACCUCCCUUCCCUCGAGGCUGUGUAUGUAUGUGAACCUUUUGUGUAA